AUGGCAUUCCCAUACAAGCACGUCUUGCUCGUUGGAGCUACAUCAGGAAUUGGUAGAGCGGUUGCCGAUCGUCUGGUACAGGCAGGCAUCAAAGUGACUGUCGUAGGACGGCGAAAACAGCGUCUCGACGAGUUUGUUGCAAAGCAUGGCGAGGAGAAAGCUUCUGCCAUAAGUUAUGAUGUCAGCAAUAUUGACGGAGCUCCCCAAUUCGCCGCAGACGCAACCGCUCAACAUCCAGAUAUCGACUGUAUCUUUCUCAAUCCGGGCACUCAACGGAAAUACAAGUUGACUGAUCCUAAGGAUGGGGACUUGAGCGAUUUCAGAGCAGAGAUGGACGUCGAUUUUAUCAGCUACGUUGCUCUGACUCAGGCAUUCACGCCAUUCUUGAUGUCUAAAUCGACCCCAACAAGCUUUAUAUUUACAACGUCACUUCUGGCUUUGAUGCCUGCGCCAAGAAUCCCCGCCUAUUCAGCCGCCAAAGCUGCGUUGAACGCUUUUGUAUACUGUCUGCGAGACCAGCUGAGGGAAUCAACUGUUGAAGUGAUCGAGUUGGCUCCGCCUCUUGUGUCAAUGGAGUGGAGGACGAAGAGUAUUGUACUGAUCAUCAUGUUGCGCAUAGCCGAACUGCAUGAUUACAUGGGCAUUGAGAAAGGACGAGGGAUGGGGAUGCCGGUUGAACAGUAUGCUGAAGAUGCCUAUCAAGCAUUGGAGAUGGGGAGCGAUGAGAUUCUCGGUGGAAGCGUUGGACCUACAGAGAUCUUUCAGGAUCUGGCUGACAAGCGUCGCAAAAUUUUCAAUGACUUCGCCCCAAUGCUUCGUGACGUUGAUUGA